CUGCUUAAAGUGUGUGUUAGUUGUAAGACUAUUAACGGUGGCUAAUACUCCCACCAAAGUUCUAUAAAUUCCUCCACACCCCUGCCCAUUUUCUUCACUCAAUCGUCUUACAUUACCCCCAGCUUUCUUCCUCUCUUUAUUUUUCUUCAAGGAAAAUGGCAUUCUUUGGGAUUUUCUUUCUGGGUUUUCUUGCAAUGGUCUCAUCUGUCAAUGGGUAUGGUGGUGGUGGAUGGAUUAAUGCUCAUGCAACCUUUUAUGGAGGUGGUGAUGCUUCAGGCACAAUGGGUGGGGCUUGUGGUUAUGGGAAUUUAUAUAGUGAAGGUUAUGGAACGAACACUGCUGCUUUAAGCACAGCUCUGUUUAACAGUGGGUUAAGCUGUGGAUCUUGUUUUGAAAUUAGAUGUGUUAAUGACCGAAAAUGGUGCCUUCCUGGCUCCAUUGUGGUCACUGCCACAAAUUUCUGCCCUCCAAACAAUGCCUUACCCAACAACGCCGGCGGCUGGUGCAACCCUCCUCUCCACCAUUUUGACCUUUCUCAGCCUGUCUUCCAACACAUUGCCCAAUACAGAGCUGGCAUUGUUCCUGUGGCCUACAGAAGGGUACCCUGUAGAAGAAGAGGAGGCAUAAGGUUUACAAUCAAUGGACACUCUUACUUCAACUUGGUACUAAUCACAAACGUUGGUGGAGCUGGUGAUGUACAUGCUGUAGCCAUCAAAGGGUCCAGAACCGGUUGGCAGUCGAUGUCAAGAAACUGGGGGCAAAAUUGGCAAAGCAACAAUUAUCUCAAUGGUCAAGCCCUUUCAUUUAAGGUCACUACUAGUGAUGGUCGCAGUGUGGUGUCCUACAAUGUUGCUCCUCCUAGCUGGUCCUUCGGGCAGACCUACUCUGGUGCUCAAUUCCGUUAGGGCUACAUGUCCUUCACCAGAAAACCAAAGAAUAUAAUAAGUAUGUUAGGUCUUUACUCUAUGUUGUUAUAAUCUUAUAAUAUAUACUGGGUUAUCAAAAGUAGUAUUAGUAAUUAGUGUGUGACUUUAGUAUACUAGGGUAUGUUAGUAAUAUACAGUCUGUCUGGAAGGUUAAGAGGUCAAAAUGGGAAAAGGGCUUUAUUUUAAGGUGCCCUUAAUAUCUCAUUUUGAGGAAUUGUAUGGGAUGUCCUAUAGGCGGAGGGACCUUUUUUUUAUUAGUGUUAAGGGUCUUCUCAUUUUUUCUUCUGCUAUGAAAAUGGCAGAAAGAAGGGCAGAGGUGGACUAUUACCACCCGCCACUAGUACUUGAAUAGAAAAUUUUUUUUUUCUUACUUUGGCUUCCCAUUGUUGGGGAGAUAAUAUUUGUAAUCAACUUUGGGUCCAUUAUGCCCUUUGUUGUCUAUGCUUGAAGUUUGAUUAACUAUGUGAGUAAAUUGUAAAUUUCGUAUUUCCAUCUACUAUUAAUGGAAAUUAAAAGAAUUUCUAUCUAUUAUUAAA